AUGGCUUCUCGUUAUCUCGCAGCUGGCAUGGUCAUGUUCCCGGCACUGACCCAAGCUGCUUGUACGACACGGGCAGCUUGUGCAGAUGUACACCUGUUCCUGGCCCGCGGAACCACUGAGAGCUAUCCCGGCCUGCUUGGCUCAUUGACGACCUUGGUCACGGAUGCCAUCAAUGGGAGUACCUACGAGAACAUUCUCUACCCAGCUACCCAGGAAGGCUCAACUCCUAGCUACCAGGAGGGUAUUGCCAACGGCACCGCACAAGUCAAGGCUUACGCUGAAGCCUGUCCCGAUUCCAAACUUGUGUUGCUUGGAUAUUCCCAGGGUGCCAUGGUUGUUGGCGAUAUGCUCGCAGGCGGAGGCGAUGGAGCUGGGAACACUCUUGGAAACUACACGUCGCCGACUAUCGAUCCCGACACUCUUGGAUCGCAAAUUGCUGCUAUCCUGCUGUAUGGUGAUCCCCGCCACACAGCCAACCAGACUUACAACGUCGGCGAUGUCGCUGCCACUGGCAAAUACCCAAGAACGGCUGAUCAGAUUGCCGCGCUGGCAAAAUAUUCCGACCGCCUGCAUGAUUAUUGUGACGAUCUGGACGGUGUUUGCGACGCGGCUGGAUCCAACCUGACUGCUCACACGGCUUAUGCGAAAAUCUGGGACACGACAGCAGCGGCGUGGCUUGAAGAUAUUCUCGCAUAA